AUGGUGCUAAUUACAGGCACAACAGACGUAGCUACGGCUGAGCUGGCGACAGAUGCGUUGGCCAUUGCGCUCGUUGUAAGCCCGUUCACCGUUGACAAGUUGACUGCCGAGCUAAUAGCUGAAAGCGUGAGCGGUGCGCUCGUGGUGUUCAUCUGCAUGCUGCUUGCGCUUGACGAUACGCCACCACUCGGAGCGGAGAUAGCUCCUGCUGUAAUUGAUGAUGCGUUCGCAGAUGUUAUACUGGCCGAUGGAGCCGAGCUGGAAGAGAGCGUGGUCGCUGAUGUACUGAUUCCAGCAACAGUGGUGUUGGCAGCCGCUGCGAGCGAACCAAAACUCGGUGACGGCGUGAUGUCGAAGCUUGUGCUGAAGUAG